AUGUCUCUAAAAUCAAAGAUUAAAUCAUCACCAGAAUCUAUUACUUUAUCCACUUUUAAAAAUGAAAUAAAAAAUGAAAUUCAUGAAUCUAUAAUUGGUAUAUGGUUUCGUAAUGAUUUAAGAAUUCAUGAUAAUGAAGCAUUAUAUUAUGCAAUUAAAAAAGCUAAAAAAGAAAAUAAGAAAUUAUUACCUAUUUAUAUAUUUGAUAAAUCUCAAUCACAAUUACCUUCCCCAUUUAGUAUUUCUAAAAUACCAAAUUCAUUUACUUUAUUUGAACAAAAUUUUGAAAAGGAAAUUGAAAAUAUUUGUAAUAGAAAUAAUAUUAAUUUUAUUAAAAAAUGGUCUUCAACUUUAAUACAUAAAAAUGAUUUACCUUAUACUGAUUUACCUAAUCAAAUACCAAAAGUAUUUUCUGCAUUUAGAAAAAAGAUUGAAAAGGCAAUUGAUGAAAAAGAUAUUGAAAUUGAAUGUUAUGAAAUUGAAAAGGAAGAUUAUGAAGAAUUAUUAUUAAGUGAAGAAGAAAUUAACAAAAUUCAUUCUCAAUUUUCUAAAAAUAGUAAUUUAAUUACUAAAUUAGAAAAUGUAAAUGAAUUUAUGAAAGAAUAUUUAUAUCCAGAUAUGGAAAAAACACAAUUUGAUAAUGAAAUUAAAUAUGAUCAAAGAAGUGUUGUUAAAUUUAUUGGAGGUGAAGAUAAAGCCUUAAAAAGAUGUAAAUUUUAUAUUGAAAACAAAUUAAAAAAUUAUUCAACUACUAGAAAUGGAAAUAUUGGUGAUUAUAGUACUAAAUUAUCACCUUGGUUAGCAAAUGGAUGUAUUAGUUCAAGAUAUAUAUAUACAGAAAUACAAAAAAAUAGUAAUGAAAAAAGUAAAUCAAGUGCUAAUAUAUUAGUGAGUGAAUUAUUAUGGAGAGAUUUCUAUAAAUAUUUAGCAUGGAAAAUGGGAAAUUCAUUUUUUUAUGAAAAAGCAUUACAACCUAAUAAGGAAUUAGAUUAUGAAUGGGAAGUACCAUUGAAUGAAUAUAAAAAUGAAAGAUUUCAACAAUGGUGUAAAGGUAAAACAGGAUAUCCAUUUGUAGAUGCAUGUAUGAGAGAAUUACUAAAUACAGGUUUUAUGAAUAAUAGAGGUAGAAUGGUAGUUGCAUCAUUUCUAAUUAAAGAUAUGAAAAUAGAUUGGAGAAUGGGUGCUGAAUAUUUUGAAAGACAAUUAUUAGAUUCAACAGAUUCUUGUUCAAAUUAUGGUAAUUGGGCAUGGUCAGCUGGUAUUGGUUGUGAUUUUAGACCAAGAUAUUUCAAUCCAAUUAAACAAGGUUUGGAUCAUGAUAAGAAUGGUGAAUUUAUUAAAAUAUGGAUUCAUGAAUUAGCCUCUGUACCUUCAAAAUCAAUUCAUUUACCAUAUAUUACACUAGAUGAAGAUGAAAAGAAACGUUACAAAAUACCAUCCUACUAUUCCAAUAAGAACAAAUUAGCAUGUAUUGUUCAAUUACCAAGUACAAUGAAAAGAAAAUAUGAAUCAACAUCAUCUGUUGUUGCAACAAGUUCAAGUAGUACUGAUAAUGAUACCUGUAAGCCUACAAAAAAGAGAAAAUAA